AUGUCGUCCUCGCUUCUCCGGCUGGGCCAGAUUCUUCGAGGAAGUCUGGGGAAAUACACCAUCACCAAGCAGAUCCAGGAGACUGUAUGGCUUGCAAAAGAUCAGACCGAGAAAACUGUUGUUAUCAAAGGAGUACGCGGCCAUCCUCGCGUGGAAAAUGAACGAGAUGUCCUGAACCGCUUCCAGGAUCGAGCCCCCUUCUUACGGCGUUUAACUGAUGAGAUUCAAGAUCCAUCAGACCCUACGAUUAUCGUGCUGAAACACCUUGAUGAUAACUUACUCAGCGCAUCUAUUAAAAGGACUUUGAACAGAAAAGAGGUGAAAUACAUAUCAAACAGGGUCCUCAAGGCUUUGCAGACGCUUCAUGAAGAUGGAUAUGUGCAUACAGAUGUCAAACUCGACAAUAUCUUCGUGAACUACAACAAGCAUGCCUCCAAUGAUGUACGAUUCUCAGACGUCCGGCUCGGUGACCUCGGCGGUGCCUAUCCUGCGGACUCGGAGUGGGCAAAAAAGGGGACACCAGUUGGUGCACCCAUGUGGAGUAGUCCGGAGGUGAUCAUGGAGACUCCUUGGAAUACAGCAACAGACAUAUGGUCAUUUGGGGCUAUUCUUAUAAGCCUAAUAUAUGGAGGAAAUUUCAACCUUUUUCGCCCAAAAACUGUCCCAUACGGCCAUGAAGAGUACGGACUAGAAGUCCUCAAGCAGCAAUUUCGAUAUUUUGGCCCAUUUCCGGGGAAAUAUGAAGACAUAGUGUCCCCUAUCACUGUUAGAGCAAUCCUAUGGCUUAUGCAAGAGAUUCCACAGUCAGAAACAACCCCCUUCUGCCAUACAACAGAAAAAGAGGUUUGCAAAAAGGACAAGCAGUUCAUUGGUAAGAUUAUGAUGAUGGACUGGAGGGAUAGGCCUACGGCUAAAGAGUUGCUUGAGGAUGAAUGGUUUAAAGAUGAUGACUGA